GACUAGAAAUGAGAGAGCCUCAUGACUCAGACGAGGUAUCUGACAGCGAUCUUUAGUCUCGGCUUUUUGUAUAUGUUCUCUUACAUCGACCGAGGGAACAUCGGAAACGCCUACACAGCUGGUAUGGGUGCAGAUUGGGGAAUUACUUCAAACCAAUACUCGUGGGUCCUCACCGCGUACUACCUGACAUAUAUUGUUUUUCAAUGGUUUAUUCUUUUAUGGAAAGUUGUGUCUUUGCCCACGUGGGUAGCAUUGAUGGCACUUGGCUGGGGAGCGAUGAGCAUGAUCCAAACUGUAACAAGCAGUUUUGCUGGUCUGAUGGCCGUUCGCUGUCUUCUGGGUGUAUUUGAGGCUGGUUUUGCGCCUGGUGUUGCAUUGUUUCUCUCGUUUUUCUAUCAUCGCUCUGAGAUGGCCUUUCGAUAUGGACUUUUCAUCUCCUUUUCGGCGAUUGCGAAUUGUUUUGCAUCUGCUAUGGCGUAUGGCAUUGUCCAUGCAAAGACCUCAAUUGCGUCGUGGAAGCUGUUGUUUGUCAUUGAGGGUAUCCCGACACUAGUAAUUGUCCCCAUUGCAUAUUUCCUCUUGCCCAAAGGUCCUGGAGAAUGUCGAUUCCUCAAUCAGAAAGAAAACGAGAUCAUUCGUCUUCGCGCCGUACAGGGCCGUGGUAGGGAGGAAAAGGGAAGGUUGAACUUCAGACAUCUCUUCAUAGCAUGCUAUGACUAUAAAAACUACUUUCAAGCAGUCAUUGUACUCUGCUUGAAUGUAAGAUUGUCCCAUUUUAGUCAUCAAUUUCUGAAAUAUUGUACUGACUCCAAUGGUGCCUUCAGACUGCCUUUGCCGCCUUACCAGCUUUCCUUCCUACCAUUAUCAAAGAUAUCGGAUACUCUUCGAUUCAAUCACAAGGAUUGUCUGCACCUCCCUAUUUCAUCGCAUUCUUGAUUUGCCUCGGAGUCAGCUUCCUCUCCGACAGAUAUGGCAAUCGUUCCAUAUUCCUCACCACUCUUUCUAUUGUCGGAGCAGUCGGGUACCUAAUCGAAGCUCUUGUCAAAACAGAAGGCGUACGAUACUUUGCAACAUACUUGAUUUGUGGCGGUGUCUUUUCUGCUGUUGCACUGGCCUUUACAUGGGUCACUGAUAACCAGGGCUCAGCAUCGAAACGGGGUGCUGGGCUGGUUAUUUUCGGCAUGAUUGGACAGACCGGAUCCAUUGCUGGAUCACGAUUCUUCCCUUCAGAGGAAGGACCGUACUAUAUCAAGGGCAUGGGAAUUAGUGCUGGACUGCUGCUGUUUGCCGCCAUUCUCUCUCAGGUCUUGAGAUUUUUAAUGGCUCGUGAGAACAAGCGACGGGAUGCUUUAUAUGGCUAUGUGGAUAUCAAGAAUAUGCCUGACGAAGUUGGUGAUGCCGGAGACGACCAUCCCAGUUUCCGGUUUGUUGUAUAAGAUAUCUUUCGCUACAGUAUAAAAAUAGAAGCAAAUGAACGAAACCCUGAAUUUACCUGAAACA